CUGCUUUAAGGUUGUGAGUCUCUUUGGGGUGAGACCUGUGGACCUGGCAGGACAGAGCCUAACAGAGUCUGAUGGCUUCCCACAAUCCUGCUGUACCCCCAGUACCUUUGCCGAAGUACUGCAGUGUGACCACAACCCUGAAGGCCCCUGGCUGGGGCUGUGCAGCAGUACCCACAGACCUCUCCUGCGCCUGCCCCUUUGCCCGCAGAACUCCUGGGUUUCCCAGGACCCACGCUUUCACCAGGUAUGCUUUGCAUCACCCAUGUCUCCACAUUGCUGACCCAGCCUGGGAGGACCCUGGCUGGCUGGGAAGAGUUAGAGAGGCUGCGAACACCUGGGUCCUGGCAAGGAGGGAACCAGAUGGAUUUUAUUACCCGGCUCAGAUAAAGCCUGCUCCAGAGCUGGAGAGGCAAGGGAUCCUGCUUGUGGAGUUUGAGGCUCCCUUUGUCACAGACCCCAAACUGCCAGCCCAGAGGCAGAGUGUGGUCUCAGAAGAAGAUGUUGUUCAGCUCUCACCAUACGUGGAAUAUUCACUGCGACCUGGGGACAAGGUACUGGCAGCAUGGGAGCCAGGGCAACAGCGAUAUGGUCCUGGCACUGUCCUCUUGGGCUCAGAGAUGCAAGCAUCAAAGGAAGAAGAAAUCACUGUUCACUUGUGGAGUGGCAAGACAGCUCAGGUGCCUCUAGGUGGGGUCAGGUGGGUGCCCCCCACUGUCUGGAAGAAGGCUGUGGAAAGACUGAGCAAGUCUCAUGCGAGUGAGCGCCCCUGUGCCCUCCUCGGGGCCCCUUGCUGCUCUCCCCUGGGGAUGGUCACUGGAGACAGCACCAACAGGCUUCCUCCAGACACCACCUUCCUGUGCCCUCCCUGCCAUCCUCAUGCCUGCUGCCAGCUGCUGUGUCAGGCCCACUUCUGCUGCUGUCCCUCGAUGAGCUCCACCUGGUGGCCUCUUACUAGGACCUCAGAUACCACAGCCAGAGAACAGCCAGAGUCAGAGCUGAAGCCUACAGCACAACUUCUGCCCCUUGAAGGCCCUAAAGAGGAGCCGGUAGCAGUGCAUGCUGUCCCCAUUGUUUCUUCCUCUUCCUCCUCCUCCUCCUGUGAAGAAGAUUUGGAGGAUAAUCUGGAAAUCGGCCUUCCCCAGAGACUGGUGGUGAACAGCGCAGUGAACACUGACCCCAUCCUCCCUGAGAGGCCUCUGAGACAGAGCAGCCUCCGCCAGCCCGAGUGGAGGUACUGGAGGAGGAACGGGCCGGAGCCACGUCCUAGGAAGCCAGGAAUAAGAUGUCACAACAUCGGGAAGGAAAAUGACAACAAACAAGAGAAAGUGCAAGUUGCAGUAGUUGGGACUACCAAGGAACUACUAAGGCCAACCAAUAUGAAGGCACUGCAACUGCUACAGGGAGCUCAACACAGAAAACUGGGUCCAAGUAUCACAAUGCAUCAGCAGGAUAAGAGUACAUCCAAAACCAAAAGCCCCUAGGAUCUAGGAAAUGAAAAGGCAGGCACGGCAAAUAUUUGAGGAGCGUUCCAAGAGUGGCUGAUUGGCCUUCAAUGGAAAGAGGUAGCGCACAUACUGGAGGCGAGAAGCAAAUGGGCACCUGUGAUUUCACCCACUUAAGACCUUCCUGGAGAUGAGCAGCAGGAGGGCAGUUGCAGGAGCUGGCGGCCUUGUCCAAGCACUCCUUGUCAAGGGCCUGGUGGGACCACUGGAGGACACCUUCCCCACAGAAGCCAGUGUCUGGUUGGCCAGCUUUGGGAAUGUGUUCAUGACGUCUCUGCCA